AUGCCUCUCUUCCACAACCUGGCAGGCCUAACGAGAGACUUAGGGCCAACAUUCCGGUACCAACCUGACAGUGUCCUCUUCAACACCCCGUCGGCGUAUCAGCACAAAUUCGGGCCCAAGGUCAACGUGAAGAAGGGGCUCUACUACGAUGCCUGGCCUCUUCAUGCCAAGGCCUUGACAACCUGGAACACCACUGAUAUAGCGAUUCAUACGCGGAAGAGGCGUGUGCUCAACUAUGCGUUCUCUAACAAGGCGCUGCGCUCUGUGGAGCCUUUUGUGCCCGGCGAGGAGUGGUCGGGCUCUCUCAACAUGACUGACUGGACCAACUGGCUCGUAUUUGACAUACUUGGCGAUCUUUGCUUCGGGAAGUCCUCCGAUAUGAAGAAGCCCAACAGCAGCAUGAGACAGGCACCCGCGUUGAUGGUUGACAUGCUACAGCUGAUGCACCCAGUACACUGGCUUCUGAGGCUGGCUGCCCCUCCCGCGCCUGCCAAGUGGAACGCCUUUGUGGGCAACUGCCUGACAGACCGAACCAGGACCGAGGAGGAGACACAGAGGCUGGCCUCUCAGGACCUCGAAUUCGAGGUCCGGAAAGACUUUUUCCGCUAUCUCUUCCAUGCCAAGGACCCCGAGACUGGGAAGGGCUUCCCGAUCGAGGAGCUGUGGGGCGAGGCCGAGUCUUUAAUCAUCGCCGGCUCCGACACCACGGCGGUCGUGAUGGCGGCCAUGCUUGCGCGUGAGGUGUUGUCAAGGCUCGCCAGCGCGCAGGAGAUCGAGUCGGGCCCGGCGCUGCAGUCCUGCUCGGACCUCCGUGUGGGAGUGCGCAGGGUCCUCAAGGGCGGCACUGUUGUCGACAGCGACUUCUUCCCCGAGGGCGUGAAUGUGCAGGCGGAGCGGUGGAUCGCAGGCGACACUUCAUCUGGUGCCACGGAGGAGAGCGUUGCGCUCGCCGAGAGCGCCUUCUGUGCCUUCUCAACGGGAACGAGAGGGUGUCCAGGCAAUAAUCUGACCUGGCUCGAGAUGAGCAUCGUCAUGGCCAAGAUCAUCUACUCGUUUGAGAUCCGCAGGGACGAGGCGAGCAACCUGGGCGGCGGGGACCCUUCCGGCAAGGCUGGUCGGCGUAAUGUGGACCAGUAUCAGACAUACGAUGCUUUCGUGUCACUGAGGGUCGGACCUUUGGUGCAGCUUCGACGUCGGCAGCAUUCCUGA